AUGCCUAACUUAGAGGUUCUAAAUAGGUACAGGCUUGACAAAGGUGGAAUAAGGUUUUUGGAGCAGUUAUUGUAUAACAAGAUUCAACCCCUGGCCAGGAGAAAUAACAGUUUGUCUGUCAGAGACAAGAUUUUGGUAACUCUGAGGUACUUGGCCACCGGACCCAUUCAGCUUAAUGAUGCUGACAUACAUGGUGUAAGUCAGCCUACAGUUAGCAGAGUUGUGACUGAGGUAGUCUCAGCUUUAAGCAGUCCAGACAUUGUUGGACAAUUUAUCAAAUUCCCUUGCACCAGAGAGGAACUGAUUAAAAAUCAACAAGAAUUUUAUGGCAUUGCCAAAUUCCCUAAAGUUGUAGGUGUGAUUGACGGCACACACAUAAGAAUACAGGCACCUGCAAAUAAUGAAGAGCUGUAUGUUAACCGGAAAGGCUUUCAUUCCUUGAAUGUUCAGCUAGCAUUUGAUCCCUUUGAUCAGAUCAUAGAUGUAGUGUGUAAAUGGCCUGGAUCUGUUCAUGACAGCAGGAUACUACAACAAAGUGGCUUAACAAACAAUAUUUGA